GUCAUCUGGCACGGCAGCGGGAACCGAGUCAUCUGGCAGAACAGCGAGCACCGAGUCACCAAGCUCGACAGCGGGCACUGAGUCAUCUGGCAUGACAGCGGGCACUGGGUCACCAAGCUCGACAGCGGGCACGAGUCAUCUGGCAUGACCGCGGGCGCUGGGGCGUCUGGCUGGACUGCGAGCACCGGGGCGUCAGGCUGGAUCGGGCAUCUGGGCAUCAGGCUGAACAGUGGGCACCGGGGCACCAGGCUGGAUAACAGAAGGCGGCUUCUCAGACCGCAGGCUGAC